AUGAGCUCAAGAUCAGCUGCAGAGGUCAAAGUGCGUGGAGAUGAAGCUUACCGCAAAGGUUGCUUCUCUCAUGCACGGGACUUCUAUCUGGAGGCGAUUGAACUUCAGGAAACUGUUACCUUGAGGUCGAAUGUGUCCGCGGCCCAGUAUGAACUUGGAGAGUAUCAGGAGUCCAUCAAGAACUCUCAGAGAGUCAUUUCCCUUGCCGAGAAGGGAAUCGAUCCUAAUGCUUCUCCUGCUUUGCAAAUAAAGAACAAACUGAGGAUCGCUCGGUCGUUCAUUGCAUUGCGGAAACUAGAUGACGCGUUGGACAUGCUGAAUUCUUUGUCUGGCUAUGCGGGUAUAGAUGAGAAGACCAAAACAAUAACAGGGCAGGAGCGGAAGCCAGGCUUGCGUCGGUACCCCGUUAUCGUCCCGCGUUAUCGCCAUCCAUGGAAUAUUACACGGUCGGUCAAGAUGCUCCUCAAAGCCUCUUGGGAUGUCCGGAGAUAACAAAUCCCUCUGAGGAAGAGAAACGCAGAGCUAAGAUCGACUACAAUCGUUUGCGUAUGCGUCCAUCCGAGCAAGCCUUGAAAGGCUUGUCUGAUUGGAAGUUUUCUGCUCUGAUGAUUGGCUCAGGGGAUGCUCGCAAUCUCUACGCGACGCUUCUCGAUAUGAGCCAACAACUUCCUGCGCCAAAACUCAAGAGCGAGCGCAAGUCGCAUGGGCCCAAGUUUCAUUUCACCUUGGUUGACAUACAUCCUACCUCCAUCGCCCGGAACCUCGUGGUUCUUCACACGUUGGAUGAGCUUGCAAGAUUCCCUGGGAAACACGUCCAGACGAAUAAAAGGGCACUGGAUCUCCUGGCCAUGCUGCACUUUGUGUUUAUCCUUGAUAAAUCUGGGAACUUGGCCUACCUCCAAGCGCUGGGGUUGCCGGGGAAUGAUGUCAGCCAAUUGCAGAACCAAGCAGCUUCCGAGCGUGAUGCAAUGAUAUCGAUGAUAGCGCCUCAAAUGGAGGAGAAACUCAUCGCACAAGGGGAGAGGCCAUCUGAGGCCAAGAAGAUCGUUGAGGGAAUGAUGGACACCGGCGUUCUGGAGACUGUGUUCGAAAAUCUCGACAUCAUGGAGGGGUCGGUGAAUGAGAGAUCGCUCUAUAAUGAGCUCCGAGUUCUUUGGCCGCCGACUCACCUUAUGUCAGAAGAACCUCCAAUCCUUCAGGAGGUCAUGAACAGGUCUCGAGCGGUGUACCAAAAGCCGCUAGCUGAGAAGGUAAAUUUGGCCCGCAAGGCUAUUCUGAGGACAUGGCUCCCGAAUAUAACAUUCACUUCUCCUGAAUGGCGCGGCUCUCUGAGCCAUGAUCCAUUCAGAAUUGCCAGCGAAUUCUUCAAUUCUCAGGUGCCAAAGAAUUUCAAGCCUGAUGACGAUACAGCCUCCCUAUAUGAUUAUUCCGUUGCCUUUUUCUCUCGCGCUGCUGAGGGGGUCAGAAAAUCAUUCCAAUAUCCAAGCAGUUUGAUGAUCGAGCUGAUCGCUAGCGAUGGACUUCGUGCAAUGGAGUCCAUUCGCCUUUCGUCGUUGGGACGUGAGCCUGAAUGGCCCAUUUUAUACGAUCGCAUUCAUCUAAGCAACGUCCCUGAUUAUACAGGAGGCGCACUAACAACAUUCACCGUAGCCAAUGCUCUCCUAAAACCUCAUCCUUGUGUAUGCAUCAUGUUCGCUUGCCUGCUUAAUACAGGAUUGUUUGAGAACGGGAUAGGAGGUCCAUUCUACAUCUCCAUGAGCUCUUAUAUAUACACGUAUACCGGGGUCUCGCUGGACGAAGUUGAAGGCGCUUUCGGUGUAAAAGCUGAAACCCUGUAUUCUUACAUGGCAAACUAUAUUGCUUUUUCUCGUAUCCCCACAGUGCCCCGGGAGAAACUCUUGAGUAGGCAAAGGAUAACACGAGUUAUGUAUGAUAUUCUGUUCAAAACCUUGCGUCCGGUCCCUUGGGACUAUCCCGUCCCAACGCACAUAAGGGAACCCUUGAAUAUUCAUGCUUUCUUGCUGUUCGUCAAAAGGCUAGCGGAUAUCGGAUACCCUGCACACUGGCUCGCCGACGUGAUAGAGAGGAUUCUCGAGGAUCGUGCCGUGACAGAUGCCGUGCCUGCAACUGAGAACCCAGUCCCAUUGAGAAAGCUUAGGGAGCAACCCCCUGGUACAAAAAUCUUUCUGGGUCCGUACCUGGACGAAAUCAGGACAGCGACCACACUAUGGGCGCUCCUCCUACCAUUCACGGUCUGUUCACCGUGCAUGCUGUCCAUCUGCGAUAUUGGGGCAUUUCAGAUUACGUUCUCUUCCGUCUACCCGGACAUGAUUAUCCUUGGAUCAGAGCGCGUCAAUGCUCUUGCUCUUCGGCUCGCAAAAUCCUCAGCGUCGGUGCCAGCAUUAUCGUUCUUUCGACCACAGCCGGAUGUUAUCAUGAUUUCCACGUUGGAAUGGCAUCGUCAAUCCAAGACAGCGACAUUUUGGAUGUCAAAGAGUGCUUUAGCCGCGCGUCGCUCAGCAGGUUUCCAGAUCGAAUUGUGGUCCUUGCUUAUGACUCGCGGUGUUACUGAGCCCGAACCGCUUACGGGUGUGGUGUUUUUGGGGGGUAUGGACUCUCGGGAUGCCCCUGCACCCGCCCCUAUUGCAGACUCAGAUCAGUUACAGCGUAUCUAGGCUAUCUAUGCUUUCCUAGCAUCAUCAUCCGUUACCCCGCCUCAGCUUAUUAGUCACAAGCAGGUUACAAUACCCCUAUCUCGGUCCAAGCUAGAGUAAGAGAAAAUUGAAGAGGUCGAU